CACCGGUCGGCAAAACCGAAGCGGAUGCCGUUGCUGUAGAUCAGAAGGCUUACAGGUGCAUCUGUGCUGGUUAUUUUAGGCCAGUUUUAUAAAUGUAAUAUAACAGUUGUCAUUCAUCGUGUAUUAACUGUUCGUCUCGUUUUUUUCCGAGUCCAGAUAUCACAGUUUAAACUUAAAAUGUAAGGUGCCAAAGGUUGUUUACUAUGUUAAGCAAGAAAGUAUUCAUAAACAAAUGACUAAAAACCUAGAGUUUAUUUUCUGGUAGCUAGUUUGUAUGCACAGUUGCACACGGGAUCUUAACCUUUUGUUUUGUAAAAAGGUUUUAUCUUUAUUAGCCCGUCAAACAUAAUUCUUAUAGAGCCCAAUUCAUCCUCUGGAAAUGGAGAUUAUAUACAGACAAGGCGUUUGGAUGGCAGAGGCUCUUCAGCUGAGAACAAGAAGUUAUGAAGAUUUCUGGCUCGUUACUUCACAUAUGGCAGACCCCAAAGCUGCAGUGCUUCUGGUCUUUCCAUUUGCGUUUUAUGUACAUAGACGAACCGGCAUCGCAGUCCUCUGGGUAGCAGCUUUAUCGGAGUGGCUUAAUUUAAUCUUCAAAUGGAUCCUAUUUGGGGAGAGGCCCUAUUGGUGGAUAAGAGAAUCUGGAUUGUUUUUUGAAAACCUACCAAAGGUCCACCAGUUCCAAUCCACUUGUGAAACCGGCCCAGGCAGUCCGUCAGGUCAUGCUAUGGUCACUAGUGCUGUCUGGUGGGUGAUCAUCUCUUCCCUGGCAUCGUUCUUUCAUGCUCGCACAGGCAGUAAGAUAUUAGCUGCAGUGCCGUACCUGUUCUAUGUGGUCUUGUUGGGAUGCGUAGGUCUUUCCCGAAUAUUCAUCUUGGCUCAUUUCCCUCACCAAGUCAUUGCAGGUCUUCUGACAGGAGCAAUUCUGGGAGUCUAUCUGAACCGAUCUGUGCCUGAAAGACGCCCUCUGCUGUUCUUCUUACGCUACAGCAUGAUGCUACUCUUUUUUGCUCUUUUACUGCACACUGCUCUGCAAAGGACUGGAAUUGAUCUGUCUUGGUCCAUUUCACUGGCUAAAAGGUGGUGUUCUCACCCAGAAUGGGUUCGCAUGGAUACAGCACCCUUCUCCUCUUUGACCCGUGAUGCUGGAGUUUUGUUAGGUCUGGGACUUGCACAGUUUUGGAAGCCUGGCGGUUGGGCUCUUCCCUGGGUACCCAGGACUCUUUGUCUGGCCCUCUCAUCCAUGGCACUCCACUACAUCAGCAGUUUUCAGCUGCCCACAGCUUCUCCUCUGCUCUUCUACUCUCUGUUCUUUCUUAAAUACACUGUUGUGCCACAGGUAGUCAUGGUGUUGAUACCAGGAUUUGUGCAUCUCCUUACAGCCAAACCCAAGAGAGACUGAAGGUGAACAUUUUGAAGUAUGCCACAGACGGGACACUUCUGUCGUCUUUGAACCAGCCAUUUAAAGUCCCCAAAACAACCCAGCAGUUUAAACGCAAUAUAAUUUGUUGCGGUUACAUUUACAUACAGUACAACAAUGCAGAUAAUACAGAUGUUUUUUAACAGUAACACUUUACAAUAAAGUUGUAUUUAUUACCAUUAAUGAAUGCAUAAGCUAACAAUGAACAAUACUUCUACAGCAUUUAUUCAUUUUAGUUCAUUAACUAAUAUAUAUAUUUUUAAAAUAAGAUUCUAGUUAAAGCACAAUGAACAAACAUGAAUAGGCAUUUAGUAACAUUAACAAAGAUUACCAAAUGUUGAAAAACUAUAUUGUUCAUUUGUUAGUUUAUGCAUUUGCUUACAUUAACAAAUACAACCUUAUUGUAAAGUGUUACUCUUUUAACUUAGAGAGUAACACCCUCUCUUAUUUAUGCAAAAAUGCACAUAGAUUACAGCAGGGCUCUCUGGUGGGCCUAUCUUUAGCGUGUGUCCCAAACAGUGUUUCUUGAUAUGUACAUAUUUUUUUGAUAGAUCAAAAUACUGUUCUGCUUCAACAGCAUCCUCCAUAAAGUCAUUCUUAGGUUUUUUAAACUGCUGUAUUGAAACUAAAAUUGUUUGAGUUUUCUUUAGCAGCAGUAAUAUUUAUCCUCCCAGUAUUUGCUAAUUCAUUGUUGAAGUGUUCAGAGGGGUUUCCAGGCACGUUUCUGUGGAAAUUACUCCCCCAGGUGUACAGUAUAUAUGAUGGGAGCGGUAUGUCAGUGCAAGUCAAUUGGAUUUUCAUGUCUUUGUCUGCCAGCUAAAAAUCUGUUCACAUAGAAAAGUAAUAAUACACCUCAAAGAGGUUUGUGUAAAGGGACACUCCACUUUUUUUUGAAAAUAUGCUCAUUUUCCAGCUCCCCUAGAGUUAAUUUGAUUUUUACCAUUUUGGAAUCAAUUCAGCUGAUCUCUGGGUCUGACGCUACCACUUUUAACAUAGCUAAGCAUAAUCCAUUGAAUCUGAUUAGACCAUUAGCAUUGCGCUAAAAAAUAACCAAAGAGUUUCAAUAUUUUUCCUAUUUAAAACUUGACUCCUCUGUAGUUACAUCGUGUACUAAGACCGACGGAAAAUUAAAAGUAGCAAUUUUCUAGGCAGAUAUGGCUAUGAACUAUACUCUUAUUCUGGCGUAAUAAUCAAGGACUUUGCUGCUGUAUCAUGGCUGCAGCAGGCGUAGUCAUAUUACGCAUGGCCUGAAAAUAGUCCCCUUGGUUACUUUCAAUAGUAGGGGACUAUUUUCAGGUGCUGUUUAAUAUCAUUGCGCCUCCUGCAGCGAUGUUAUGGCAACAAAGUCCUUGAUUAUUACGCCAGAAUAAGAUUAUAGUUUCUUGCCAUAUCGGCCUAGAAAAUUGCAACUUUUAAUUUUCCAUCUGUCUUCGUACACGAUGUAACUACAGAAGAGUCAAGUUUCAAAUAGGAAAAAUAUCUUAAUUCUUUGGUUAUUUUUGAGCGUGAUGCUAAUUGGUUUAAUCAGAUUAAAUGGAUUGUGAUAAGCUCUCCUAAAAGUGCUACCACCAGACCCGGAGAUCAGCUGAAUUUAUUCCAAAACGGUAAAAAAUCAAAUGUUUAACUCUAGGGGAGCUGGAAAAAGAGCAUAUUUUCAAAAAAAAGUGUGCAUGUACAGUAAUGUUAUUAAUAUAACAUAGUAUGGUAAUGUCCAAGGUUCAGUAAAAGCAUUUAUACAAAAAUUGCAAAGAAGUUUACAAGCUUGUUCAUUGUUGUUUAUGUUUAAACUAUAUAAACAUGACCGCUGACAUGAUAAAAAC